AUGUCUCCUUGGCCGGACACAGAGGACAAUGCUGCUGCAUUGCAGACACUCACACACCGGGUGCUCAGGCAUUCUCUCAGCCUCAGAAAGGACCAGGCAUUUGCUCCAUCCAGCCACUGAAGCUCCUGGAGCAACUCUGAGGUCUGAUUUCAGCAGACUCCUCCUGCGGACAGCAGGCAGGUGCUGUAGCCUUUUCAUGUUUCAUCUUUGCUCACUGCUAGCAAGGAGGUUGCUGAGCAAAUUGUUAGGAUAGACUAGAGGGAGGAGGGGUGUAUGUCUGUGUUGUGUGUGUGUGUUUUGUGUGUGUGUGUGUGUGUAGGAUUUUUUUGGGGGGGAGCGCAUUACAAAAUAAGGAGCCCUAUGGGAUUGUGUGCUUUGUUUAUUCUCUGGCUCAAAUUUCUCCUGCCAGCCUUAACCAGAUGAGAGGAACCUUAGACUCGGGGGGCCAGAUCUGGCUCUCCAAACCUCUCUGUCUGGCCCUUGGAACUCUUACCAGGCCACACCCCUUCACUGGCCCUGCUUUGUACCCUCCUUGAGUGGUUCUUGCGCGGCUGGAAUUUGUCCUUGAACACCAGUAAUGCCCCUUGCUUGCCCAGAGGCGGGUAUGCAAGUGGGUGUAGAAGUUAAAUUACUGCACAAAGGUAACAUCUGCAUCAAUUGCCCCACUCACUUUUGCCUCCACACUUGCCCACCACUGGCAUGUGGUGCUGACCUUUAAAGCCCUAAACAGCCUCGGUCCUGUAUACCUGAAGGAGCGUCUCCACCCCCAUCGUUCAGCCCGGACACUGAGGUCCAGCACCGAGGGCCUUCUGGCGGUUCCCUAAUUGCAAGAAUUGAGGUUACAGGGAACCAGACAGAGAGCCUUCUUGGUAGUGGCACCUGCCCUGUGGAACGCCCUCCCAUCAGAUGUCAAGGAAAUAAGCAUCUAUCCUAUCUUUAAAAGACAUCUGAAGGCAGCCCUGAAGGCAGGGAAGUUUUUAAUAUUUAAUGCUGUCUUGUUUUUAACACUUGAUUGGGAGCCGCCCAGAGUGGCUGAGGAAACUCAGCCAGAUGGGCGGAAUAAAUGAUAAAUUAUUAUAAUAUUAUUAUUAUAUCUACGAGGGAAUGUGGCCCUCGUUCUGAAAAAGGUUCCUUGCCUCUUCUCUUAAUUAACCAAGGCUUGAACCAGGGAUUAGGGAACUAUAGUUAAGCAAUCUGCCCGUGAUUACAAGCCUCUUUGGUAUCUGUUGGCUCUGACUCUUCUCCCUCCCACUUCAGUACCUGCAAGUUCAAGAGGAAGGUGUUCAGCAGGUGCCGAAGAGGCAACAGAGACGGGAGGGAGAGAAUACCAAAGGGGGGCAGCCGCCGCCACACCUACAUUGUAUGGAAUGGACUUCCUGCUAAGAUGGUAUCUACAGGAAACCCUCAGCAAUCAGUUGGGUAUAUAAGGUGUGAGGAGAUCUUUAGCUCAGAGACACCUUCCAGGCAGGUAAAUAAAACACUCAAGGUUCAAAGCAGUACCAGUGAAGGGUGUGGUCUGGGGUGAGUUCUGAGGGCCAUAUGCAAAGAGCUUCUUGUGUUCUUGCUUCUAGUAAUCUGCCCAUGAAUUCACUGCCCUUUUUCUGUUUUCCUUUUCAGGUGAUCGCGAUGGUGCAUCAGGGGAAGAACUGGAAGUCCAUGUGUAAGGGCCUCGUCCUGGGGACUCUCCUAACCAGCUUCAUGCUGCUGCUAUACUCCUAUGCCGUCCCACCCUUACAAGUCAGCAUGACAGAGUGAGUGAGUCUGGUGCGCAUAGGAGAAGACGUGUGGACCAAGAGACCAUGAGCGGAACCACAGUCUGUUCUGCUUCCACAGAAAGGCUCUCAGAACAGAAUAGAUGCACGAAGGAGAGUGAAGGGAUUGAGCCCUGAUGUGGUAGAAUGGACUGUACCACUUCAGGCGGCAGGUGGAGGGGGGGAUCUGUUUUCUUUCUUUUGGGGGCAUGCAGGAUAAUUCCCUGCAAGUAGAAAACUUGACAUAUGUGGGGGCUGGGCAAGAAAUGUUAUCCUUGAUAUGCUAUCUUUCUGUUUUCAAGGAACCGGGUUUUGUGUGUGGGAGGGUUAAUGUUGGAAAGCACUGUACUGGUACAGUCCACUCUGCCAUUGGUGAAUAUGUCCCUCUGGAAUCUCCAAUGUGGCGUCUGUAGCCUCAAAGCACCCUCGGUCACCCCUCGGUGCCCACCAAGGCCCUCUGCACCUCCCAUUUUUUUUAGCAAACUACAGUUAAGAAAAUGUGGUGAGCAUGUAUCUCUCUCGCGCCACUCAGAGAUUCUAGGGUACCGGGCACACUUACUAAGGUCUGUGUUUCCUUUUAGAAUAAGGAGGCACAGUGGAGUCUGUAGUGUUUUUAUGAUAUAUGGUUUAUUUACACAUAUAUACAACCUGAGCCUACUAUGGAGGGGUUCAGAGCAUUAGCACCCCAAAAGGGCCCCUAUACGUCUCUCAUAGGCAUAGCAGAGUUGGGUUUGCAAGCAGAGAAAUCAGCCAUGUUCUCUGUGUCUCUUUGUCACAGCCAGCUCACAUAAAGCUCAGACCCCACUUCCUCUCUUUGCCAAACUGCUUGCCAAAAUGGCACUUUUUCCUGUGUUUGGUUAAGUCAUCCACUUGGAAAUCCUAAACCCCUUUCAUCUCUGCCCACCAACACACAGCUGAAGGAGGAACCCCUCCUUCAUUAUAUGGUAUAUCUUCACUCACUGUAACCCUGGAAACUUCCCCCUUCCAACUCUAUGAUUGACUUUUGCUAAAUACCUAGAGCUCAAGGUCUCCUGCCUUGUUGAUGGCUUUCUUUAUGGGUUAAUGGCUCUGCCUUUGCUCCACAAUUGCCCAUACCCAGGCCUUUCCCUGGUCAGGAAAACAAGUCCAGCCUGUAUUUUUACACUGUUGAAUUGUUGUUGUUGUUGUUAUUUAUAAAAAAAAUUAUACUGCCCUACACCUUCAGGUCUCAGAAAGGUUCAAUGUUAAAUCCACUGAUUAAAUUCCAACAUUUACUAAAGCCAGGAAUUAGGGGUUUGCUUAAAUGCUAACCCCUUUACUUAAUCCAGAGAUUUUAGGGGAGUCUUGCCCCCCACAAACUUAAAACAAUAUAUUUCAGGGGUCGGAGGUCAUGGUAAAGAGGUGUAUCUUGAGCAUAUGGUGAAAACUGUUUGAUGAAGAUACCAGAUGCACCUCUGUGGGGAGGGAGUUCCACAAUUCAGGGACCACCACAGAGAAAGUCCUCUCCUGGGCCACCAUUCUCUGCACUUUGGAGGGUGGCAGAACUAUCUCUGCAGAUCUUAACACACAAAGAUCUUGGUAGUGAUGGAGAUGGUCUUUCAGAUAUUUGUGGCCUAGGUCAUUUAGGGAUUUAAAUACUAUUAAGAGCAUCUUGAACUGGGCCCAGAACACAUUGGCAAUCAGUUACCUCCUCUAGCAAACCACAUUCAACUCCUGAAAAUGAAUGUCCAGUGGAAACUGGAAGCUAGAGGAAGGUCUGGGACCUUUGCCAAGCAUAGUGCAGUCAAGGAGAGCUCCUCAUGCAUUCCUGGAGAGAUCCUCAUUGACUACCUUGCUUUCCCCUUAGGGUCCCAAUCCCCUACUCGUGCUCUUCCUACCCUUCCCAGGCUCGGCUGCUGGCUUUGGCCAACGGUAGCCACAGUCCACAGAAGUGUCAUCCCAAGCUGGACAUCAUGUUCCUGAAGACCCACAAGACAGCCAGCAGCACCAUAAUCAACAUCCUCUUUCGCUUUGGGGAGAAGCACCGCCUGAAGUUCGCCUUUCCCAGCGGACGCAACGACUUCUACUACCCCUCCUUCUUUGAGCGGAGUCAAGUGCAGGACUACCAGCCUGGCAUGUGCUUCAACAUCAUCUGCAACCACAUGCGCUUCCAUUAUGAGGAAGUGCGCAAGCUGCUACCAGCCGACACCAUCUUUGUCACCGUGCUGCGGGACCCUGCCUACCUCUUUGAGUCCUCCUUCCACUAUUUUGGGCGCCUCAUUCCCAUGACCUGGAAGUUGUCAGACGAUGAUAAGCUGGCCGAAUUCCUUCAGGACCCUUGGCGUUACUAUGAUCCCAAUGGAUUUGGUGCACAUUACCUCCAGAAUCUCCUCUUCUUCGACUUGGGCUAUGACAGUGGCAUGAAUGCCAACAGCCCUCUAGUUGAACAGUACAUCCGUGAAGUGGACGAGCGUUUCCACCUGGUCAUGCUGGUAGAGUACUUUGACGAGUCAUUGGUGCUUCUGAAGGACUUGCUCUGCUGGGAGCUGGAAGACAUCAUCUACUUCAAGCUCAACGCCCGGAAUGAUUCCAGCAUCUCCAGGCUGACGGACGAGCUCUACCAGAAGGCCACGGCCUGGAAUCUCAUAGACGCCAAACUCUACCACUACUUCAAUGCCACCUUCUGGCGCAAGGUGGAAGCCUACGGGCGUGAGAGGAUGGCCAGGGACGUGGCCAGGCUUCAGGAAGAGAAUGAGAAGAUGAAGAACAUCUGCAUUGACGGGGGCCGCCCGGUGGACGCCAGCGCCAUCCAGGAAUCUGGCAUGCAACCGUGGCAGCCGUUUGGCAAAAAGACCAUCCUGGGCUACAAUCUGAAAAAGAGGAUCAACAAGAAGCACCGGAAGCUCUGCCGCAAGAUGCUAACCCCUGAGAUCCAGUACCUGACGGACCUGGGGGCCAACAUCUGGGUCACCAAGCUGUGGAGCUGGGUGCGCGAGUUCCUCAAGUGGUAG